UGCCCAUCGCGGGCCGCUCCAUUCGGCCAGUGCAAGCGCGGCUAGUUCAUGGCAGUGUUUUCUGGCGUUUUCGAAGUCGGCAUGGCCAGCUAUUUGUGGGGCGGCCCAAUAGCGCCGACUGCUAUUGGUCAUAGGACACCUAGAUGCGCCAGGCGGAGAGUCGUCGUCGGCCGCGACCUUAUGACUGACGCUUCACCUGGAGCUUUUUGAUCGUUGGUUUUCACCGCGAGCACACCAGGUUCGGGCUCCCCCGACUCUGCUGUUUCCCCAUGGCGCGGAACCGGAAACUUCUCGCGCCAGACCGAUUGCAGCCGAGCAACCUCGCAGCCUCGCCGCUGAUUCACAUAUCUAGACGAACCAUGGGUCAGCAGAGCCAUCAGCUGAUGUCAUACAAGGGGGCAGACUCCUGGACCUACUGGCAAUCUGAUGUCUCGCUUGCUUCUCCUCACGUUGGUCCAUAUUGGCUGGCAAGUUCGCUGGACCACCAAGGGUUUCAUGGACUUCGACCUGGUGGGAGCAGCAGGUCUGAUGGCGUUUUUGGCCUGCUCGCAUAUGGUGUCGUCUGUCCAGGUGCGGGUGAUAGUGACGUUGGCGAAGGCGUUGACGGCGAUACGGAUCUGCUGGCGCGUUCUGGUUCCUCGGUCAGGGCCGAUGACUCGUCCAGGGUAAAGUCUGGAACGGCAAAUGCGAUCGGUGGAAUGAAGGGCGAUCUCUCCAUCUCCUCCUUUCGAAUCUUCUGAAACAGCGUUUUAAACCGUUCGGCAACUGCAACUGGUCAAUAACUCUCGCACGCCAACCGAAAAGACAACCGACUGCUUCUUUACC